UGUGUCCCGCCUCAAAUGUCGCAUUGUUCUUUUCGGAUGGACCGCUACGGUCGGAUAAAGUGACAUUUUUGUUUCGGUUAUUGUUUCCUACGACCGAGUCAAUACAAUGAGCGAUUCUGGGCUGGCUGAGAAAGAUGGCCGAAUGUAUUUGGGGAAUGCCAUGGAGAAGGUCAUGUUUUCCGUGCUGUACAGCAUGGUGAAAGACAACGAUGUGAACAAUUUGUUGUCAUACAUCAUCAUGUUCACGGAAGAUAUCCAGCUCAUUGCCUUUGCGCACAACCCAUCGUUUUAUGGCCGAAUGCCAACAUGGGCGCAAUAUGUGACCAAUCCGCUUUCGUAUCGACCGCAUGAGUAUGGACAAUACCUGAUCUUGUUAGGAAUUGUGGUCGGAUUUGUUGUCGUGGCGAUUGCAGCCGCCGCACAGGUUGCUGUUUCUUUCGAAAGUGGCAAGUUUGCGGGUAUUUCAUUGCUGGCACUCAAAACCCUCCGUCUCGUCACCAAACUCCUCGGCACCGUUUUGUUCAUGCCGUUUCUGGAGGUCCUUCUCGUUGCAGUGACGUGCUUUGGGCCAGAUAACUCGUUGAUAGAAUAUCCGAGCGUUCAAUGCUUUUCGGGAGCAUACACAGCUGAAACUGUCAUUGCUAUCCUUCUGAUGAUCAUUUUUGUACCGUACAACAUUGUUAUGUCGUCAAUUUAUCUGGAAACCACCCCCAAUCGAAAAUCGGCCAUGGCACGAGUCCCGAUCGGAAGGGUGGAUACGAUAUAUGUCGUACUUCGUAUUAUCCUAACCUCUGUUUUCACACUCGCGCGUGAUCCACGCUUCAGCCUUGCUGUGCUGAUACCCAUUACGGCCAUUCUUUCGUAUCUCAUGAUAGCCUACCAACCUUUUUACAAGUCUGCCGUCAACCAACUGCGGGCCGGAAUCUUCUCCGCCGCUUUUUUGAGUGGGAUUAUCGCCGCCAUCUCAUAUGCCAUCGGAUCAGACUCCAUCGCCCUUCCCAUAGUCGCGGUCAUUACCGUGCCUAUUGGGUUCGUCGUUGGAGUUUUGGCCUGUCGUAGUGCCUUCAAAAGCAUUACCAGCAGAGUGUAUAGAAAGCUGCAACUGAAGCAGAAAAUGCUUCCCCAAAUGGGCAAGCUUGCUGAAGAAGGUGGGGUGCGGAUUAUCAAAACGGCGGCUAUUGGAGAUUCCGAGAACAGCCAGAGCGAUUGGUUGGAAAAUCUGCAAACGAUUACUACACUACGGACUCGGCCAAAGGACAUUCGCGUAUUUAACAAUGUACCUGAAGUGGAAAUCGCGUGUCGUUUCGUCCAUAACAACCGAUCAGACGAGGCUUUGUUUAUCAUGGAUGAGAUUUUCGCAGAGGGGUUUCGUCAGUACCCAAAGGAUGCAAUGUUAAAUCUUGUAUACGCCGAGUAUCUUGAGAACUACACUCCGCCAGGAAAUGAAGAGCCCGCCUAUUUUAUCCAGAAGGCGAAAACUUUGAAACCAGCUUUUGAUGCUCGCUUCUUUAUUUUUAUGCAGGAUCAUAUCAUUGAGCAGUCCAAGCGAACCGAAGGUCUCAACUCCUCGACAUUGAACAUUUCCUCUUACGUCGAGUUUCAGACGAUGCAAAAUGGUGCAAGACGGAAUCACCUUGCAACCCUUCUGGAAAUACGUGCAUUCUUAACGCACGUUCGCACGCACCAACGCGGAAGGGACCCGAAGACGUAUCCCAUCUUCCUCCAGCGUAUCAGUGAAGCGGAACAGAAGGCUACUGACUAUUACAAAAAGUUGAUUUCGAGAUGGCCCAAGAGUAAGGUGCUUUUGAGGAUGUAUGCCGCCUUUUUGAUGCAAAUUAAGAACGACAAAGAAGGUGCAGCGAAAUUCACAAAUGCUGCCGAAGAGAUCGAAGAGCUCGAGACACGCAUGGCUACCACCAGCUAUCGGAAUGAGUCUCGUCGAGGAUCCAUGGCUGGCUCCCUUCGUCGCAGCUCUUUGCAGCAUCGCAGCGCCAACACCGUAUACAAUUCUCAAACUACUGUUAGUCGUAAGGCAAGCCUUCGAGACAGGACCCGACCGUUGGCGAUGGAUCCAAACAUCAGCGUCGUCAUGGAGGAAACCAUGAGCAAGAUGAUGGAUGGCAGUGAACCCACGGAUGCGCCAAUACAAGACGAAUCCAAUAUGGAUGAACCUAUUGUUAGGGAGAUUGUCUUCCCUGAAAUUGAAAACAUCGAACCCGAGACGUAUCUACGGCGUCGAUACUCGAACGUUGACAAGACUCAGGUUGAUGACGACGAUGAUGACGACGAGGAAGUCACCAAAGGGGUUGGAUUUCACGGAACGUUCAAAGAAGAAGAUGAGAUAGCUGAAGCCGCUGCAAGGGCCGAUAAAAUGCCGGCUCCCAGUGAAUCAGUUCCCAGCACAAGGUCGUCAGAAAGAGAGGAGAGAAAAAAGGCCUACCACAGAGCCCAGCUCCAAUCCCGGCUCAAAGCGCCAGUCUACAUCCUGGAUCGCCGACAGAAAUUAGGCCUAGCAAUCUACCUCUUCAUCGUGAUUACCACAAUUGCCGUCGGAAUCUGGUCCUUUCAAUCUGCUGAAGACAACAUCUCCGGUUUCGCUCGCGUCACUCGGCUCUCCCGUGCUGCAACAUUGGCUGUGCAAAAUGUUCGCACCUUCGUACAGCCAGCCUUUGUUGCGCCUGAAGGUGUACCGCAACUGCGUACUCGUUUUGCUGACGCACAGACUUCUAUCGCGUCGUUAAUGAGAAACUUCACAACGUAUUACGUUUCCUAUCUUGCAGGAUUCUAUAACGACCCGGCAACGAUUGCGGUGACGAUGUCGCAGCUACCUAUUUCGAUUAAAAAGAUUCAGUAUAUGAAUGCCUACCAACUUGUGAAACUUGUAUACCAAUACGGCGUGGAACUGGGUCAACAGAGCUGGAAUUUUUACAAUACGAGUCAGCUGGAGGACAAUCGUGUUCGAUUCUUUCUUGAUAAUGCUAUCGUUGUCGGUCCUGCCUUUGAGAGUGCGAGUAGCGGGGGCCAGCAAAAGUGGAUAAAUGGAACCAUGCAGAGUGUGUAUGUGCUCUACAGUUUGUGCGGUCUGCUGGUUGUGACAAUGUUGGGGUGGGCCUAUGUCGUUUUACUUCCGAUGAUGAAUCAGACAAGUGACGAGCAAAUCCGAACUCUGAAAAUGUUCGCUCUGCUGCCCAAAAAACCCCUCAUGCAUAUGCUGACAGAUGUUGAAGAGCAGAUUGAGAGCAUUGCCGACGAAAUGACAACAACUGCAGGCAAUAAAGAAGAUGGAAAGAAUAACGAUGAGCAACAGGGCAAUAACGGCAACUUCGCCGCUAGGCAAUUGAUGAACAUGACUGUUGAUGAAGACGUGGUGAAUAAGAGUCCAAUCAAGAAGCAUUUCAUUCGGUAUUUAGCGGGCUUAAUUCUAUUAGGCUUGCCAGCGACUGCGUUGUUGAUCGUUCCAAUCUAUCGAGCGAUGAUGUCUAUUUCGUAUGCAGCGACAAUGAAUUACACAAACAGCAGAAGAUACUUAAUGCAAGCGGUUGUCAUGCUUGCAGCAGAGUGUAUCUACUUCGACCCUACUACUUGGUUGCCAAACGCUCCAAUCAUGUGGCUAGACGAUCGUCUGACCAAGUUGAUCAACCUUCAUCACGACUCUGUAACAGGCGUGAACUGCAUUGCGACGACGACAAUCCCGGAUCUACAGACCUUUACCCUUACCUCUGCCCCCUGCCAACCUGCAUGCGGAAAUCUGACUAUUGGACUCGACGCGCAGAUUGAAUGGUUCAUUAAUGAAGCGACGGAUUUUCUUAACAGAGUCAAAGUUAGCAAUGUCACCACGAGCGAUUCCGCUUUCAACUUUAUUUCUACACUAUCGGCAAGCCUUAAUACAAACCUGAACAAAGUCGACACUAUUUUUCAAAACAUUAUCAUUAGCGGCAAUAGCGUUGCAAAAACAGCUAUUAUUGUCCUUUUUGCUAUAUCGGUAGCCAGUACGCUGCUGGUUUACCUCGCGAGUAUGCGUGCAACGGCGCAAGCCCGACUUCAGGAAAUGGAAUCAACAGUCACGCUUCUAUUUGCUAUUCCCGAACCUGUUGUGCAAAGUAUUCCCGAGAUUAAAAAGUUCGUUGAAAGCGGUGGGAUGUUUACCGAAGAGGGUGCGAGAAAGAGAAAAUAGUCGUGUAAAGUUGGAAAACAAACCUCGGGGACGUUGGGUUAAACAAAUUAGACAGCAAAAGGGAAUGCAAGAAGACAAUAAGCACUGACUAUUGUAUUGCCCGGAUAAUGAAUGAAAUAUGGAACAGACAUGUUAGACAAAAG